AUGCUUGUUUUAUUUAAGGUCGGUCUGGCUGUGGAAAAUAUACAAGAGUUCCACAAAGAAGCUGAUCUCGCCAAGAAAGAAAUGCAAGUAAAGUUCGCUUUGGAGUUAGAAAGAAUAUUAACAUCUUUCCUCAUUUCGAAAGGUCUUAAUUUUCUUCGAUGCAAUCGGUCUGCAAAGAAUUUAUCGAAAACGGAGACUUUACGGCCAAAUAAACAGAACUGGCUGCAGAGGAAAGUUGCAGAAUCAUGGAAAUUAACUGAAAAAGAUAUAAACAUGGCCUUAAGAUCUGAGCAAGAUGGUACUUCAAAAGAAAUAGCUCGAUUGGAAACGAAAUUUAACACACUUGAAACAAAUAUGACAGUCAUGGACUCGAAAUUGGAGACAAUUUCACAGACCCUAAGUAGAGUGGAGGAGAAGUGUCGCAGACCUGAUAACAAUUAACCGAGGUCGACUGAAGGCAGGUGUUUAAUA